GCGGGCGGCGCUGUGAGUCCGUGUCGGUGGUCAGAAGGCGCGCGGCUCCUGUUUGAUUGGAGGAAGUAGUACAACAACAAAGAAAGAUGGCCGAAGUGAUAGAGCUGCAGAAGCUGAAGCUUGCUGAACUGAGGCAGGAGUGCGAGGCCCGAGGCCUGGAAACCAAGGGAAACAAAGGGGAGCUCAUCGCUCGACUGCAAGCCUAUCUGGAGGAGCACGAGGAGGACGUGGACGUUGAUGAUGUGCUGGCAGAAGAUACAGAGGACUUCCCUAAAGUUGAGAGCGCCGACAACAUAAAAGUCGACAAGGAUUCUGAAUCUGCUGAGUGCGAGACACCGACUGAAAAGAAGGUGGUGAAAAUAACUCCCCCGUCAUCUGCCAGUGAAAGACUACAGAAGAGAGCUGAACGUUUCAACUUGCCUGCAUCGGCUGAAAGCAAGAAGGCCAUACGUGCGGCAAGGUUUGGCCUACCAACGGAUGCUUCCAGUCCCUCUCCAGGUCUCGUUGCAAACAGCAAAGCCGCUGUGAACGUUGAUCAGCUGAAGAAGAGAGCGGAAAGAUUCGGCAUGAACGUUUCAUCCAUUUCACAGAAGAUGGAAGAGGACGAAAAGCUGAAAAAAAGGAAGGAGAGGUUCGGGGUCUUGACGAGCGCAGGUUCAGGUGGUGCCGACGAUGCUGAGGCAAAGAAAAUGAAGCGCGCUGAACGAUUUGGAAAAGUGUAAAUAAUGUUUUAGACUUCCCUUUUUUUGUAAAGCAUUUUCAUGGCUGUACAACAGAGAUUCCCGAAGACGACAAAUGUCACUAAUAGGAUUCCUGCAAAUCAAAAGUAUAGUUAAACACACAAAAACACAUGGGUGAGUUAGAUCAUUUAAAUGGUUUGGAAAACAAACAAAGAAAAAGUUUGUUAAUUAUUUACUGAGCCUCAAGUCCGUGUAUAUUAUAAAUUUGACAAAACAUCUGAAUCGUCUGUUUUUCAUGUUUAUUAUUUAUUGGAGGACCAUUUUCUCAGUCCUGGGAGGCAAUUAUUUUCAAUUUGACCCAAACAUUUUUCAGUUCCCUGCUUUUUAUACAGGAGUUAUUGGGCUGUGGGCAGUAUGAGUUCCUGUGUAACGUAAAGUUGUUUUUUUUUUUGUUUUUUUUAACUUAUCAUUCCCGAUCUUACUGCUCAUCUAACAAAUCGGAUCCUCACCGUUUUUUCUGGUCUGUUCCUCUUAGCUGCACUUUGCCAGAGCUGCACCGGAGUCCAUUUGUUGAGUCUUUAUCAAGCAGAUAAGUCGGCCCGUGGCUUGUUAGUCGAGCGACUUCCUGCAGCUGCUUCACAGUAAAAGCCUUCCAGCUGUCAGGGAGGAAUAAUACGUUCUCCAGGAAUCAGGAAAUCACGGGGCAAUUUUCUUUGCUUGAUUAAAAAAAAAAAGUUGGUCCGUAUCUCUAUUGGGACGUUUAUUAGACCGUAACACUCCUGAGAAAGAACAGUUAAAACCAGCAGAUCAGAAACCAGUGAGGCUCUUACGUCAUGCAUGUGCUGACACCAACCCGGCGUCUAGAAAUGUCCUCGUCAUCGUGUGUGCAACAAGGAAAAAUGGGAAAUUUCGGCCUUGGGAAAAUAAAUAAAAGAGUAUAAUUAUAUUGGGACUGAGAGAACCAAAAAUGGGAAGUUGAACGGUAAAGAUAUCCUGCACAUGAUAAUUAAACGUAAAGUCUGCAUUUAUGGGCGGUAGUUCAAUUAGAAUAUUCUAUUGUUCCAUUUAAAUAAUAUAACCCACUUAUUUGUAUUUAAUGUGUGUAUUUAAUUGUACUUCUGAUCAACCAGAUAGCCUGUUAUUUUCUUGUUUUUUCUCUGGGAUUCCAUUGGUACACUGCUUCAGUAAUCUGUCCAUUUUCUAACAUUUUGUGAUUUAAAAUAAAUUGUUUUACGAUUUUUCUUUCUUUUUUGA